AGAGAAAGAUGUUAUUGUUGUGACGUUCUCCUCCUCCCCUCAUUCCCACCCACCCUCUCGGAGAGAAUCUCUGAGGAACGGAACCAGAGAAAACACACACAGCUUGGAGGAGGGUCAUUUGUAUCAGAACCGGACUGGAGUGAGGAGGAAGAGGGGGAGGAAGAGUCCUGGAAGUUAAAAUACACACAGGCAGGAGGAAGGUCAGGUGGAAACAGAUAACUAUUUAGGCCAUGAAGGGGCUUGCCAGACUGAUGUUCCCACUCCUUCUCGUGCUGAUCUGUGAGGUGAAUGGCCAGAGGCGCAAGCCUGGAAGAAAGCAAGCUACUCCUCCACCCUCUGAACCAGCUGAGCCAACAGAGUUGCCUCCACCACUGCCACCAGGACCCCCCUCAAUUUUCCCAGACUGCCCUAGAGAAUGUUUCUGCCCUUCAGAUUUCCCUUCAGCUCUUUACUGUGACAGCCGGAAUCUGAGAAAAGUGCCCUUCAUCCCAUCCAGGAUCCAUUAUGUCUACUUACAGAACAACUUCAUUGAUGACCUUCCUGAGGAGUCCUUCAAGAAUGCCACAGAGCUGAGAUGGAUCAACCUGGAUAACAACCGCAUCACAAAGGUGAACAAGAGGGUGCUGGAGAAGCUGGAUAACCUUGCCUUCCUGUACAUGGAGAAGAAUCAUCUUAAGGAAGUACCCAACAAUUUGCCUCCCAAUCUGGAGCAACUUCGGCUAAGCAGGAACCGAAUCUCCAAGAUCCCUGCUGGUGUAUUCAACAACCUAAAUCACCUCAUCCUCUUGGAUCUUCAUCACAAUGAGCUGAAUGAUGGAAACUUCAAUAAAAAUACUUUCAAGGGGCUCAAGAACCUCAUGCAGCUCAACUUAGCUCACAACAGGCUACACAAAAUGCCACCUGCAGUUCCCAAUGCCAUCCACCAACUCUACCUAGAUAAGAAUCAAAUUGAAGACAUCCCCAACAACUACUUCAAAGAUUUCCCCAACUUGGCUUUCAUCAGGCUUAACUACAAUAAGCUCUCCAACAAAGGGCUGCCCAAGAAUUCUUUCAACCUCACUAACUUGUUGGUCUUGCACUUGGCAUACAACAACCUCACCAACAUCCCCGACAUCAGCCCCAAGCUAGAGCACCUCUACUUGAACAACAAUUCAAUUGAAAAAAUCAACGGGACCCAGAUUUGCCCCACUUCUGUGAUCGCUUUCCAGGAGCCCUCCUCAGAUUUUGAAAAUGUGCCCCACCUUCGCUAUCUGCGCCUGGAUGGCAACCAGCUGAAGCCACCAAUCCCCUUGGACCUGAUGAUGUGUUUCCGACUCUUGCAGUCUGUUGUAUUUUAAGCCUUGCAGCAAUCGCCACUCCUCUGGGACUUUGGCUUUCUGCAGUGACUUGAUUUCAGUCUAUGUUAGACAUGGGGACUCUAUCUUAUCACCUCUACCCUGACCUUGCUGCCCCACUGCCUUCUCUUUGCUGCUCCGUUCUGCUGCCUCCUCCUCCUCCUCCUCCUCCUCCUCCUCCUUCUGCUGCAGGAAGCUCUGCAGGUCUUGUUUUAAACAGCAUCUUAUGGAGUCUCCUAGGAGUGUUGCACACGUUCCUCUUAGUUAUGUGUAGUAUCCACAAAACUGCCAUGAGUUACGGUAAUAUCGGCCUCUUAUAUACUGCUCCAUAAUUUAUAUAAAAAAGAGAGAAGGGAACAUACCCAGACGCAUCUAGUGCAUGGUAUUUGUGUGGUAAUCUUUGCUGUCUGAAGUCUUCAGAGUUAUCUGCACCCACCCACCUCCAACCAACAACAUCAAGCUUAUAAAAGCAGUUAGAUUUGUCAUACUUCUCAGGAGAGAAAACAUAUUCAGUCAUUUAAAUAAGUAAAAUGUUAAAGUGCCAUUUGUCUAAUAAUGAUGCUGAAUGAAGAAAAAAAGAAUAUUCAAAUUUAUUUAUAGGUGAUUGGCAAUCAUAGAUACUGUGUUAAUAGUUACACCACAUGGUAAUAUAUGCAUAAAGUGCAUAGCAGAUUGUAUACUGUGGGGCCAUGUGAGGUACAAUGAAGAGUGAUAGAAGACUGAUAUUUCUCCUGUUUGCACUCUUAUGGGAUGGUACAGGUGAUGCAGCAACAUAACAUGGAAACAUAGUGAGUGACCAAAUACUGUAUAAUGUGAGCUUCAGGAUCUGGGCAAUGGCACUUUUAACAGCACCAUUUUAAAAGAAUAAUUGCUCAUUCUGUUCCCCAUUGUCGAAAUCCCCAUGGUUUUGCUGCUGUGACUCAAGUGCAGUAUUAGAAACAAAUUGCCACAAGAUAGAAUAGUGUACCAGGAGAGGAUGAUCCCAUUGUCGUGAUGAUUUUAAGGAUAUAACCACACCUGCUGGGUUGUGUGCGUGUGUAUUUUGUGUUGUUGUUUUUUGUAUAAUAUGCCCAGGCCCCAGACCGUAUCAUGAAUUGCUGAUGCAAUCUGUACCUCAUCAGGGGUUAGGCUGCUUAUCAAAGCUCUAUUUUGCUUCACUAAAUAAGUACUCACAUUCGCAUAACAUUCCUUGCAAUGUCUGAACAGAUGUCACAAAGGAAAUUGCUCCCCAUUAUUUAGGCAAUGCCUCCCUUGAAGCUCUCAAGCAUAAUGUUGCUUCCCCCUCCAAUAAACCUACUCAAGAGAAGGAACAACAGCAUGCCAAAAUAUAUCUGAGAGCAGCCGUGGGAAUGUACAACUGAGCUGGCAUGAUACUCUCUUGGACUAGAAAGAAUCAAGAGAUAUUGUUGCAUUUGAAACCAUCAAGAGAUAUUAGCAGUCCCAUAUGGAUGGGUAGAAAUACCCCUCCAUUGUUGGGAGGUACAGCAGGGUGCACCUUAAUCAGCACAAUCAAUUUGCUUUGUCCUUCAUAAUCCCCUUUUCCUUCCUUUGCUGUUCUGUGUGUGCUUUGUUCUGUGUGUGCACAAGAAUAAGCAUGUUCAAUGAUACUUUUUCACACAGCACAUUGCUCAACUAUGCUACAACAAGGUGUAAUGAUAGCCACUAACCUGGGCAGUCUUCAAAGGAAAUUAGACAAAUUCAUGGAGGGAGCAAACUAUCGAUGGCUACUAGUCAUGAUGGCUUUAUUACCUCUUAGCAGUUGUUGGGAAUCAUGAGUAGGAGAUGGUUGUUGCACUCACACCUUGCUGGGGGUUAAUGAUAGACAGACUCAUUAAAGUCCAGUCCACCUCAGUUCUCAGAGGGUCCAUCCCAUUCCAUUUCCAGGCAGAUUUUUAAUGGGAAAUCCUUAAAAAUCCACCUGGAAACACACACUCUUUAAAAAAAGUGCUUAAGAAGUGAUCUGAGGACUGUGCAAUGUCUCCAUUACAGCCCCUCCUCCAGUUUUACUUUAAAAUUUCUAAAAUAGGGUACCUGAAUGGUUAGCAUGUUGGGCUUCUUGUCACUACACGCUUUGAACGGACAUAUACCAAGUCCCCCUGGGAGCGACGGGACAAUGAUGCUCCAUUGCUCUUAGGGGGAAUUACAUGGAAAAAAUAGGACUGCCCCAUGUAAGCACUUAUCCUCCUUGGUCCUUUUUACUGCUGCUUUGCAGUAGCUUUGGCUUCACUUGUCAUCUGAACUGGGAUUCAUGGUUAAGCUUUCUCCUCUCCAACCACAAUCUGUAGCCAAGGUCUGUUAUCCAUCCUAUUUCAUGAAGUAAGGUUAAGUAAUAGGUGCAACACAAGGAUUUGAGCUUAAGCUGCCGAGACCCAGUAUUCUCAUCAGCAGGCCCUACUAAUAAGCUGAAGGUUAGAUGUUGCCCUCUUUUGCUCAUGCAAUCCAGGGCAGCUUCUGGCUUAAUAGUCUUCAUGGACUUCCCAUAUGGAAAUAUUGCAUGAGGAUUAGUCAUUUACGUGACUUUUCCAGUGCUGUGUCAAUGAACAGACCUUAAUUUGAAAAAUCUAGCAUUCUGUUCAGAGAUCCAAUCAAGAAAUACUACAGCCCCCAGGUAACAUUUUAAUGUGGAGGUGCUUGCAUAAUUGUUUUAAAAUGUUAAUCAGUGGACAAAAAACAUUACAUCAGAAGGGGACCCCAGUGAAUUAACAGGGUGCAAGACUCUCCUAUUCCGCUGACCUGUAUGAAUCACCUUCAGCACAAGGUGCAGUUCUCCUUCCCUAAUCACUUGACACCUCCAGAGCUACUUUUGCUCUUCUUGCAUCCAUGACUCAGGCUCAUUUUGAGCCUCAUGAUUUGCUGUGCCCCAGCAGCUGAGUUCCACACUGCAUGUUCUCUAAAUCCUUCUUUAUACCCAAACAAAUCUAUUGUUUAUUAUCUUUUUUGCAGCUUGGUGAAACAAAACUCUGUGGAGGUUCUUGAAAGAAAACUAGGGUCUAGACCUGUACAUAACUUCUUGAAUUGAGAUCCUUAAAUCCAUUUUCAUAUUUCAGCUCUUAAUUCCAGGAGUGUUAAUGAAUCUCCACUGACUCAGAAAUGCUGAGGAUUUGUUCACUAGCUGUUCUCGGGUUCUCUUCUUCACUUUGGAUUUGAACAUUUUGUUAUGCAUUUCCCACUCCCCUAAGCUGAAAGGCAAUGGCACAGGGUCUAGUUUCUUUUGAAUGAGAGAACACUGGAGAUGUUUGGUGCCUUUGUAAUAUCUGAAGUACAAAUAUACAAGCUGAGCAUAGUGGAAACAAACAGAGAUUUUUACAGCAGGCAGCAAAUUCACUAACACUGCCUUAGAUUCCCAGAGAGACUCCCUGCACUCCAAGGUGCUUCAUCUUCAACCAGCAAACAGCUCCAAAUUCUUCCUUUGUUUUCCUGAUCCUCUCUCACAAUUCAAACUGAAAACUGCCUGCAAGCUAAUUCACUAUUUCCCUUACUUCUGGCAUCUUCUCAAGCUUUGAUAUGUAUAAUAUUCCAAAGGCUAGAGAGAGACUUCCAGCUAUCAGGGAAACUUCCCAGUCUUUAAGAAUCAUAAAUAUUAUUUUGUUAAGGCCCUUGACAGCUCAGCAGUUGGACAUUCACAGUAAUCAAGAGGGCCUAGCUCAAAACGAUAGGCUUUUCCUUCCUGGUAAAAGCUAGCUAUACAGAUAAAAUCUCUUUGGGUCCAAAGUUCAUGGCCAUCCUGCUGCAAUUGAAAAUCUAAACAAGUGAAUGCAUGUGCCUUGCAAGUCCCCCUCUAAUUUGAUCAUUGAGAAAUAUCUCCUUCACAAAACCUGCCAUGAUUUUUCCUGUUGCUCCACAAAACCAGCAUGGAAGCACACCAUUCUAAAUGUAAAUGGAAAAUGGAAAUGGACUGCCUUCAAGUCGAUCCCGACUUAUGGCUACCCUAUAAAUAGAGUUUUCAUGGCAAGCGGUAUUCAGAGGGGGUUUACCACUGCCUCCCUCUGAGGCACCACAGCUGCACAAGCCAGCCCCUUCCUUGUCUGCAACUGCCAGCUGGGGGCAACUGGGCUCCUUGGGACUAUGCAGCUUGCCCACGGCUGCACAGGUGGCAGGGCACAUAACCCCCGAGCCACUCACUGUAGGGGUGAUCUUUAGCUGGCCCUUGACACCCAGGAGACACGAGCAGGGAUUUGACCUCACAGACUCUGGACUCCCAGCCAGGCUCUCCUCCCCACUGUGCUAUACCUGCUGCUAAAUGUAAAUGAAGCUGUGCAAUCAGCAACCUACACAAUCCUCUCUCUCUCUCUCUCUCUCUCUAUAUAUAUAUCAGUCUCUGCUCUUUUCCAAACCACUGCUUGGGUGGAACCUUAAUCCAAAAGCCCUGGAAGACAGGGGACUCUGGAUUUUUGCCCCUAAUGACCAAACAACCUCAGUCCAUUGGACACCCUUCUGGAUAAAACUCAGCAUAUCCCACUGGUACCCAUGUUGGGGUUGGGCAUGCUUGGGAAUCAUUUAUUUUAAUGGCAAUGCAGGCAUAAAACUUGCUUUUAAUUUAACCUAUCUAUCUAUCUAUGGGGCCUUGUUUGGCCAUCUGUUAUACCAGUAUAAACUAGCGUAACCCCAAUGAUAUUUGUUGAGUUACUCUGGAUUUAUGCUUGUAACACUUAGAAUAUGAUCUGCUGGUUUCUUUUUAUAUCCUAUUAAAUCUGUUGUGUAAGUUUGAACUUUGUUGGUGGGUGGGAUGGUAUGGGGCAAGAAACACUACCAAAAUAUUUUCCUCAUUCUAUCUUUCGUUUCUUCCAAUGCCAUUAGCAAGUGAUAAUGUUAGUCUCUAUGCCAUGGAAAGCUUCGCCUACUAUUUUCUGUUAAAAGGCAAAAAGCAGGCCAUUUUUCCCCUGAUCAGUUGGCAAUACUGUUUCAUACAAUCUAGACUACAAUGACCAUAUAUGUGUGCUCUGAUUUGUUUGCAGGGAGAUUAGAUGGUGUUGAGUAUUUAAUGAGCAUUCAUUCUGAUUUGUUUGCAGAGAGGUUAAAUGAUACUGUGCCAAAGCAAGUUUAUCCCACACUUUCCACUUCAUUUUCCUGUCAUUUUCCUUAUCACAAAAAGUCAGAUCUUUGGGGGAAGCGGGUUUGUCUUGUAAGACCUCCAAAUCAGCUUUAAUUAUGCAACCUGAAUUUGCUGGUCUGUGAGUGAAUCCCGCCCAAAAUAGCCACAGCCUGGCAGCACCCUAAUAAAGGGGUUCAGCAAUGAAUUGGUAAUGGAAGUCACUGGUCUGUGAACUUUCUAUAGACAAUAAGGAGAUUUUGCAGCUUUUUACUAGCCCUGUUUCCAUCUUCCGCCUUUGACAGCAGCCUGUCAUGCAGAUACUUACUUAGCCAGUAACGCUCCCCCAACCCUGCUACCCAAUACCAUAGCUUUAUCUCCAUACAAGGAGGUAAGAGAAGAAUCUCCACCUCCUUACAUUUCUACAUCUUGGCAUGCUGCUAAAGAUACAGUUUUUAACAACCAUAACAAUGUCACAUUUCUCCUUCGAAUUGUUAAAAAGCCUGUAUGAUCAUUCAUCUACCUUCUUGACAGGACAUUGAAAUCAAUCAAUCAAUUAAUUAAUUGUUUUCAGGUUCUUCUCUGCUCUCAUAGAUAGCUGUUUCCCAGUUGUGUGUCAAGGCAGCAUAUAGAAUAUUUGUCACACAAGAAACAAAUUAAGAGAGCUAAUUAAAACAAAAAGAAAAUUGCUAAUGAUGUUGUCAAACUGAUUUCGUUUCUUAUUAUGCCAUGAGUUUUGCCCGU